AUGAAAACCAAGAGUAUAAGUCUUAGUUUUACUGUACUAAAGGGUUAGAAUAAUCUGUAAAAUGCAAGCGACUUUCUGCAUUAAUACAAGAUCUAUUACAUCAGCAUCUGUUACGAUUUUCAUUAUAUCACUGCACUAAUUUUAUUCCUUGGCUAACAAGAUAAGAAUGUUUCUCCAAUGCAUUUUAAUUUUUAUGUAGCAUAAAUUGUAUGGACCAAGCCAAUGUGCCCAGCAGUGCUUAAGGAGAUCGGUUACAUUCCUAGAGCGGAUUUUCGAUGGGUCAAAACUAAUUCUACCGGAUUUAUUAAAAAUUGA